AUGGCCAGGGAAGAGCGUCCUGUGCGAGAAUUUUUGGUUUCGUUGCCGCGCUUAGCCAAUGAAUCGUAUCACGAAGUUAUAAGCUACGUUCUUUGGCAAACUCUGGACGAAUGUGUGACGCAGGGAAUUGAAAAGGUCGAUUGGCUCAACAAGCGACGCCUUUUCGAUUCGCUCAACUGGAAGCGGGGCGUUUUUCAGUCGCUCCAGCUCCCUUCGAAUUGGCGGGAUGGAUUUUUCAGCUCAAACGGCGAAUCUCACACACACGAAAAGUCAAGCUGCGGCCGAAUCUCUAAGCCCACAGAAACUGUCUUUUACUGUUUUGACUGUACCAGAAAUCCGCUUUAUGAGAUCUGCGAUAGAUGCUUCGACCCACAACACCACAUGGGCCAUCGAUAUACUUCGCGUGUUGUGGUUAGGCCCGAGGGACGUAUAUGCCACUGUGGUGAUGGAAGUGUGUUCAUAAGCUCCGAGAACGGUGAUAUUGGAGCCUUCAAAUGCCGUAAUUCUGCCAAUAAUGGUUCGUUCAGGGUGGAUUUCGAACAGGAGAGAGACACCAACCUGGUAUGCCUAUUUGAACAAAUUCUCGAUUACAUACUUGAUGCAACCGCGCUUUUUAAGGAGCAGAGCGAUGACAUUGCCAGGACUUUUAUGGCGCACGAUAAUGGCACAGCUGAGAAUUGCAGCGACCAAUAUGUUCUCCAGCUUUGCGGCAAUGAGUGCAGCUUACACAUAAAAGAUCUCUCCUCCAAAAUAAGCUCAGUUUUUCAUAGACCCCCAGAGUUUGGUGUGAUGAUGACAGAUAUGCUGCACAGAGGGGAGCCAUCCGUUACUAUACUAAGGUCAUCGAACUUCUCCAAGCUUGACGAAAUCAGGGAGAUAUUUGCAGCUCAAAACGUUAUUGUACAAGUGAAGAAAACAUCGGACGUUUUCAAGGAAUGUCUCGUAGAUGAACUUACCAACUGGAUUUACAAAUUUUGCACUGUUAACACAUCACUUUGCGGCAAAUUGUCAUUGAGAGUAGCUAUUUGUGGAAUUUGGCAGUCUGGGCUGCUAUCGAAUGGAAAUACAACGGGAUUACUUUGUCCUUUCACACCAAAGAUUGCGCUACUGGGCGGAUUCGUUGUCCCUUUUGAACAACGACAAAAUUUUCCUUGGGCUCAGCCCUGGACGUUUCCGCAGAAAAGUGAUACAGUUCACGACCCUCAGAUGUUGCAAAUUAUGCAAGUGUAUGACCGAAAUUUGCAGGCAACAUACCCAAGCGGCCAGAGUACUGUGUUUGGCUCACUUCAAGGUUCAAGGCUCCAGCACCUACUGGUCCAGGGUACUUCAGUCAUACCUAUGAUGUGGAAGUUUCGACUACCUAAGAUAGUAAGCUCUAUUUUCUCAAUUAUUGAUGACUCAAGAAAUUGCAUAGCCGCCCAAUACAUUGACAUUUAUCCAAAUCUGCUUUAUGAUACUGUUGCAUCAGACUCCGCUGGGUACAAACUUUCUUUAAUGAGCUGCUUAUCUCAACUUGUCUUUCAAAUACCCACUAUUGCCAACAUGAUUGUUACUUCAGGCUUUAUUGAACGUAUCACGCAGGUUGCAUUCACUCUCAUGUCAUUUUCGGUAGAAGAUCUGGCAGAGUGUCCACCUGUUCCACUUUUCCGUGACCUAAAACUACCCAGCGAUACAAUAAAAAACAAGCGCAGUGUUAUUUGCUUCAAGGAUAUUUACCUUGUAAUGUCUACAAACACCGUUCCCGAGCUACUCCUAUCAAAUCAGCAUAUCCUAUGGUGCAUGAUAAAAUGUUUCUGUGCUUUUAACAAUGUUCUUCCCCUAAGUCGAGAGACAUCUGAACACAUUGAGUAUGAAAAUUUCGAUUUUUCGUCGUAUUAUUUCUAUUUUUCCUCCAUUCUUGUAAUGGUUGAUGGCUUUACGAGAAACAUUUGUCAGCUUCAAGAUCCAAGCCUCCGAGUACGUGUUGUCCACCGUUUCUUGAGGGUGUGUUUGUCGAAGGAGUUAGAGUUUUUGAAAACAUUCAAACAGGUAGAUUUCAGUCAAAAGCCGCCAAGAAUAAAUUUGAAAGCAAAUUUCGGAUUUUCUUUGAUACAUGAAGCCAUUUGCGACACAACCGCUGAUAUCAUCAGUUUUCAAGUUGGAUCAUCUUGUCAAAACUUUUUCAAUCCGAUGUCUUACUUCUUUAAAUUCGUUACGCAAUGGAGUCACUGUGGAAGAUACGCUCCUUUAAGCUAUUCUAUCAAAAACUUCUUCAAACUUGAAGAGAUCUUUGCAGAUAAAAGGCAAAUUCUAUGGAUGUGUGAAUCAUCUUUGUCCACGCUCGUCUUGAUUGCCCAAAUUAAUGCUGGCUUUUGGGUUAGAAACGGUUCUCCAAUUCAACAUCAAGCACGAAUGUACACGCGGUACAGUAUGAGAGAAUUCACCUAUUUUAGCGAUCUCUAUAUGCUGCAAAUGGCCAUGAGCAUAGCCGAUCCAAAUGAAUUCAUGGUAACGUACAUCUCACGGUGGGGUCUCAAGAAUUGGGCACAAGGAACGCCUAUUGGUGACUAUCCUGAAUCUGAAAUAACAAUCUCAAUGGUAGACCAGUGUCUCCUGUUGUUAAUUCAGCUUUUAAGUGAAACACGAAGUCUUACGAUGAAGUCCUCGAUCGAAGGAUUCGAGAAGACAAUACAGACCGAGUUAGUUCAUGCCUUAUGCUUCAAAAAUUCGACGUAUAGCGAACUUCUGAGCAUUAUUCCGGAGCAUGUUACAAAGCACCCGGCUUUUGAUUUAUAUUUGCAUGACAUGGCAAGUUUUAGCCCCCCGAAUAAGCUGAUGGAUGCUGGCAUCUUUACCUUAAAGAGAGAGUAUUUUAAACUUGUCGAUCCAUAUUUCAUAGGGUUCAUUUCAAGCAAAAGGUAUGAGGCAGAGAAACUCGUGCGGGAAUCUAUGGCUGCCGAAAUGACAAAUAGCUUUGCCAGAACUUUUGUCCCUGCUGCGGAUGUCUCAAACUUGUUAGGAGAAACGUUUUUCGAAAAUCUUUACCAAAUAGCAGGUACCGAUAUUUUCGGACACUUUAUCAAAAACACUCUUAUUCAUGUUAAUAACUCGCAUCAUGACAGUUUACUGGGCAAAGUGACGCACAUAAUACACCUGUGCAUCGUGAAUAAUGCGUUUGAAUUUGGUCCCGUUUUUUGGAAGGAGUAUGGAUUUUCGAGUUCAGAAUAUCCACAUUUCAGCAGCAUUGGAUCACUUUUGUAUUCCUUCCUCUCCAAAGAUGAAUUCUUGAACGAGCAUGGCAAGAUUCGAGAAAUAUUUCGCUGCUGUUCUCAAAAAGCUCCCUACGUUGAUAUGGAGUCGAUUUUGGAACAGCAAACACGCUCUCAAAAUUUUGACCUUUUAAAAGAUGGAGACGUUAAUAGCACAGAACGAAAAGACGAGGAGUUUCUAAAACGAAAAAUGCUUGCAAAAGCGAAGAGGUUGAAAAUCAUGAAGCAUAUUGCUCGGCAACAACAGAAAUUUCUUGCUAAUAAUCAAAGUUCUAACGAGGAAGGAAGCCUCAAUAACUACAAUAACAAAGUAGAUGAUGAACAUUGCGUAAUUCCUGAAUCGACAUGUGUCUUCUGCAAGAUGGAUAAAGACGAUGAUAUGUUCGUUUAUUUCAGCUACCUCGAAAGAAAUUUAUGCGGCAGAAAAAUAACACUGGAUAAGCAUACUCGGAAUGGGCCAACCGGCGGCUCUGGUGUACGUAAAGAGUUUCUCAUAAAGCCAGUCAUCCGUACCUGUGGACAUGGUGCCCAUGAAGGUUGCCUUUUCAACCAUAUGAAGUCCACGAGGACUGCCCACAAUCACAUCACUAAGAAUGUUCCAAGCUCUUUAGGAUUUUCAUUAGCCUUCUGUCCGUUAUGCUCCGCUUUGACAAACUCAUUUCUUCCCCAUAUACGUCCCAAUAGAGUAACAAGCCCCGGAGCACCUCUCGAACGGGAAGAUUUUGAUGGCUUCCUAUUCACGAAGACUUCGGAAACAUGCAGAAGGGCAGUUGCCGUCUUGCACCGAUUGUUGUACCAAGAAGCUGAAAGCCCUUUGCAACCUCCAUUAGAGCUCCUGUCUAAAAUACAGAGUGAUGCAAUCAAAAAUGCAGAGGCUGCUACGCGAUCCAGCAAGGAAAGCAGUCUCAUCGACAAGGUGUCGAAGAAUUUCUUGAAGAACCAGCAUAUGAUCACCUUGGUACUCAUAUCUCAGAUGAAGAAGUUCAUGGCCACUUUAGCCCAUCCUGCGAUAUCUGGCGCAAAACUCGGCCUUAAUUCUACUCAUAAUCCUUUGUUGCAUCCUUUGAUGAGCUCUUGGGACCAAUUCAUAGGAACAUACGAGGAUGUCGACCUUCUUGAUAGCAUAACAGCGUGGCUGCCAACACGGCACUUAUACCAAGACAUUAAAGUUGAAGCUGUUUUGAAAAAUUUCUUAGACAAGGGACUUCAUCAGGACUUCGUUUUCAUUUCUGAGCUGUUACGCAAAAACGCUUUUACUGACGAUAUGAAAAGGAUAUUUUUAGAUAAAAGUCUACUUUCCGGAUUUUCGACUUCCUGGACAUUGUUGGAGGCCGACUCAAUCGUCAAAAAUAUGGAGCAUUAUUGCCCUAGUCUCGACCUCAGUAAGAUUAAUCUCUUCACUGACUGUGCGUCAUCCAUAUUAUACAGUUCCAUGAUCAUACGAAUGAGAAAACUUACUGCUCUUCUCUGUGCUGAUGGAUUGGUAAAGAUACCAUCCGAAACAGACUGUACCAAUUUCAACGAUCUUAAUAAUCUUCUAACGUACUGCGGGCUGCCACCUUUUGAGAAACAACUCAGGCAUUUUAGCAACACCCUGCCAAAGCUGGCGGCAGAAAUUUCAUUAACAGCGGCAAUGGCUCGUGUUUGCGAAUCUCCUCAUCGGCAAAGCGACGUGCUUUCUUUAUGUUUGUUCGAAGAGUCUCUUUUGAUUAGGUUACCCCCGUUAUAUUCUGAACUGAUAGACGCCGGGGAUGAUGCUCUUAUGCAGCUGAGAUUUAAGAGAGGAGAAAUUGCAAUUUGCUUAUUUUGCGGAGAUCGCCUUCAUGUGCAGCACGCUACAGCUAUCCACAACUACUCUAUCGGAGAAUGUACUGACCAUUGCCUCUACCAGUGCCCUUCAAAAUCGGUUUACGGCUGUUUUCUACUGGUACUGAGUAAUGCGACGUACCUUUCGUACGGUCAUAGGGGCACAUUCUUCCAAGCCCCUUUCUUGAACAAGUUUGGUGAAACGGAUGAAGAUUAUCGCACAGGCUCUCCUGUAUUUUUAAACCAGGAACGAUACUUACAUUUGAGCCAGGACAUUGUUCUAGGCAAUAUGAUUCCUCACCUCGUGUUCAGGUUGACGGACAAUAACUCUGACCUGGGGGGCUGGGAAAGCAUAUAA